GAGAGUAGAAGCAGCAACCCUACUUUGCUAAACAGAGAAGGAACACUGAGAGGAGGAAAAUCAAUUGAAUCAGAAGAGGAUAAUGCAAGAAGCAGAGCUGGUGACGCCGGGGGAGGUGUUGGGAAGAGCUGCGGAACUGAAAGCAGGGAAGGGUGCUUACGUAGCGCCCCACAACAAAACCAUCUACGCUUCUCUCACUGGACUCCGCCGCAUCAUUCCCCCUCCCACUGAUUCCGCAGACCAGCGACCAACUGUGGAAGUAACUGGUCACAAAGCCCAUGGUCCUGUUCCAGAGCCUGGUUCUGUUGUCAUUGCCCGGAUUACAAAGGUGAUGGCCAGGACAGCAUCUGCUGAUAUUAUGUGCGUUGGCCCAAAAUCUGUGAGAGAAAACUUUACUGGCAUAAUCAGGCAACAAGAUGUUAGAGCAACUGAAAUUGACAAGGUGGAUAUGCAUUUGUCUUUUCAUCCAGGCGACAUGGUCAGAGCUGUAGUUGUAUCCAUAAUGCUUGAAGUUUCUCUUCUUCUAUUUGUUUGUGUGAAAUAAUUGCUUAACAGCAAUGUUAGUUGGCAGCAUUUUAUUUGUUCAUCAAGAAGUUCCUAUUUGACCCAAACACUGUUUUUUGAAAAGUGCUUCUGGCGUUUUUGAAAGUUGUUUUCAGCUUCUAAAGUGCCUUAGGAAGUUAUCUCACUUAAUAAUAGAUGUAAUUAUAAGGGCUAUAGAGGACAUGGCUACUGGUUUGUUGUAUAGAUUCAGCAGAUAGAUAUCAUCUGUGCACUAGGAUGGAGAACUGUCAAUGCAUGCAAUUGUAUCCAUUCAUGUUCUUCUGAGUUAAUGAGUUAAAACUUCUGAGCUAUGCAUAUGGCUUCUGAGGGCAAAAGAUUACAUCUGUAAGAAAGUGUAGGAAGAAAAGUAUGCAUCUCUUAGUAAAUGUAAUUCAUGAUUAAAUGCAAUUUUUCUUGUUAGGAAUUUUUUGAAGGAGUUCAAAGCUUUUGAUGCAAGAAAAGGGAAGUGGAUAGAGAAAAGGGAAGUGGAUAGAGAAAAUGGAAUUAUCUGCUAGGUUGUUGCUUAAUUCUCGGGUUUUAAAUUUUUAUCCACAUUGGUUUGACACUAGUGCAUCGUUCUACAUUUUUAUAUUGAUUCUUCACAAGAACAUUUCCUUUUUAUAUACCAAAAGGAGAAAAAGGGAAAACAGAGUGAAAACUGUCUUUAACAUACAUCAAGCUGUCCCUUGGAGAUGCACGGGCUUAUUAUUUAUCUACUGCUAAGAAUGAACUGGGAGUUGUAUCGGCAGAGAGCUCAGCUGGUGCAGCAAUGGUCCCCAUAAGUUGGACGGAGAUGCAGUGCCCAUUGACUGGCCAAAUUGAGCAGCGGAAGGUUGCUAAAGUGGAAGUAAAUUAACAGAAUUAAGGCUUAGUGUAGGAACUGGCCAGAGAAAAAAGAGCUUUUAAUUAAGCUUAGGGACAAUCAUAGAGAUUCUUUUUCCCUUAUCUAAUGGAACGCUUAUACUUAGGAAAUUUUGCACUGAAGGUACUGAUUAUCAUGUAAGAGCACUUUAUGAUUUAUAUCCCUGAAUUGUUUCUGUGUCAGUUGUAUUUACUCUUUAAAAUUUAAGCCACUACAUGUUAAAGCAUGGGGUUAGGAAUUUUUUUUUUUUUUGGUCACUAAAUUCUUAAUAUCUAG